UUAGUUGUUUGGUUUUGUAUAUUUAUUAUUUGAAUGUUCGUCAGUAAACUGAUUAGAUAUGUAGUGUGACUUGACUAGUAAAUAUAAUCUUAUCAUCACUCAGAAAAUAUUACUUAGUCAUUAUCAGGCUGCAGUAAACUUGAUCAGGACGAGAGUUAACAACAUGUUAGUGGACAAUUUUCAGUUUACAAAAUCACUUUUAGCAUUUGCUUUAAGUGUCAAUUUCAUACUUCUGUGUUCUUACUGUGCAGCACUCGCCAGUUUAGGUGAUUUGGCUUGCAAAACAAACGAGGAUUGUGCGCCUAAUGCCUACUGCGAUGGCCACUGUAGAUGCGACCCCAAGUCAUUUGUGCAAGACAUGACUACACACACAUGUUUGCCAAUUGCAAAAAAGAUUAAUGGCUCCUGUAAAAUUGAUGAACAGUGCACUCCUACUUUUGGAAACCAUGCAUUCUGCUUCAAAAACCUCUCUUCAGAGUUUGGUGUGUGUAAUUGCAUGAGAAACACACAUUAUGAAGAUGGACUUUGCUAUAAGUCAGUGCCUCUUGGAGGUGAUUGUCAAGUAGAUGAUGACUGUGUAUCAGUAUCUGUUGUGCCAUCGCCGUAUUGUUUCCACAGCAAGUGUACUUGUGUUGCCAACUACCAUCCCACCGAGGAUCAUUUGGAUUGUCUGCCAGAUAUUGGUUUAGGUGAAAAAUGCACAAAAGAUGAAGAUUGUGUUGCUGGAAAUUCUUACUGCUCUGUGGUGUGCCGUUGUAUCAGUGGAUAUGCAGAGAGAAGGAACAAAUCAACCUGUCUUCCAGCUGCCAAACUGAGGGAGCCUUGUCUUGAUGACUCCCAGUGUCUGCUCAAUCUGCCCAACACCUUCUGUCACCCUCAGCAGAACCAAUGUACAUGUCAGCCUUCCUCCCAUGAAGUGAACCAAACAUGUUGGAUAUCUGCAAAGUUGGGAGAGAAGUGUUCCCACUCCAACCAUUGUGUUACCGGUACUGCCUCCAUGAACAGUUCUGUAGAAUGCAGUCUAGGUGUCUGCUCCUGUGUCUCAGGAUACAGACGACAGUAUUCUGACUGUGUCAGGCUCAAAGAUGCCUCGGCUGACAGCAGCACACUGGAGAAAUUUGUAUAUCUUACCAUUGCAGUGGUGCUGCUUAGUCUGCCAAAUGACUGUACAAUUUGUUAGUACAUUUUAAUUUUUUAAAGUACAAAAACCUUUUUUUACUGUUUUUUACCUUUAGAAUGAUAUUUGAAUUAUCAUUCUAUUAUGUACAUUUCCAACCAUAUUGCCACAUUAAAAUCUAGAAAUAGGUGAUAAGAGUGUUGAUAUGAUACCAGGUAUAAUGUCUAUCUGCUGUUGAAGUUUGA